UAGCGAGAGAGUAGAAAGUCUUUUCCAAGAUGGCAACGACCAUAGACAGCAGCAAUGCCGUACAGGCGACAAGCAAAAAGCAUCUCGGAAUUCCCGAAGCAAUAUUUGUGGAGGAUGUCGAGUCGUUUAUGAAGCAGCCAGGCAACGACACCGCAGACGCCGUACUGCGGAAACUGGAUGAACAGUACCAGAAAUACAAGUAUAUGGAGCUCAACUUGGCGCAGAAGAAACAAAGGUUGAAAAGCCAGAUCCCACAGAUCAAGCAGACUCUAGAAAUCCUACGACACAUGCAGAAGAAGAAGGAAACCACAGACCCGAUGGAGACACACUUCCUAUUGGCUGACAACGUUUACUGCAAGGCGUCAGUCCCGCCCACCGACAAAGUGUGCUUGUGGCUAGGGGCCAAUGUGAUGUUGGAGUAUGACAUCGACGAGGCCCAGUCUCUUCUGGAGAAGAACCUAGCGACCGCAUCACGCAACCUAGACUCCCUGGAGGAAGACCUGGACUUCCUCAGAGACCAGUUCACCACCACCGAAGUCAACAUGGCACGAGUCUACAACUUUGACGUUAAGAGGAGGAGCAAGGACAACCUCCUUAAAUCAGUCAAGAAGUCUUGAGAGAGGGGGACCCUCCCACAAUAAAUCCCCCCCCCCCCCCCCCCCCCCAGUAACCCGCCCCAACUCCAUGUUCACAUCUCUAGUCUCUACAACAUGUUUGCGGCUUAAAUGGCACCCUAUUCCAUAUUUAGUGCACUACAUUUAACCAGGGCCCAUAGGGUAGUGCACUACAUUUAACCAGGGCCCAUAGGGUGGUGCACUACAUUUAACCAGGGCCCAUAGGGUAGUGCACUACAUUUAACCAGGGCCCAUAGGGUAGUGCACUACAUUUAACCAGGGCCCAUAGGGUAGUGCACUACAUUUAACCAGGGCCCAUAGGGUAGUGCACUACAUUUAACCAGGGCCCAUAGGGCUCUGGGUCCAAAGCAGUGCACCACAGGAGGUUGGUGGCAUCUUAAUUAUUCGGGAGGGCUCGUGGCCAUGGCUGGAGCAGAAACACUCCAUUCCAGACAUUAUUAUGAGCCGUCCUCCCCUCAGCAGCCUCCACUGCAGUCCACUGUAUAGGGAGUAGGAUUCCAUUUGGGAUGUGGACCAAGCCUUAUUCUAUUGAUUUGUUACUUUUUAAAGUAUUUUUUCAAGUAAAAAAAGACAAAACAAAAGUUA